CCUCCGGGCGGCGGCCCGGCUGCGCCUGCGCGGCCAUGGCGGCGGCCUGUGCGGAGAUGGAGCCGGCGGCCGCGCCUCCUUCUUCUCCUCCCGCAGCCGCGCCGGGAUCGGCCGGGCUGGUGUGCGCGCAGGGCCGGAACCUGAAGGCGGUGCUGUGCCAGCGCUGCGGAUCCCGGGUGCUGCUGCCCGGAGCCGCCACCUUCACCUGCCGCGAGCUGCUGCUGCCCGCCAUGAGGAAGAAGGCGGCGGCGACGGCGGACGGCAGCGACGGGGACGUGGUGCGGGAGCACUGGCUGGUGCGCGACAUGUUCUCCUUCGAGAACGUGGGCUUCACCCGCGACGUGGGCAACGUCAAGUUCCUGGUGUGCGCCGACUGCGAGGCCGGGCCCAUCGGCUGGCACUGCGUGGACGACAAGGACAGCUUCUACGUGGCGCUGGAGCGCGUGGCCCACGAGUGACAGCGGUGCGGGGCUGGGACGGCUGGCAGCGCAGGGUGCAUCCCUGCUGGGCGGCACAAGGACCGGUGUGAUGCCCCGGAGUGGCACCGUGCCCCUCGGCCACCGCUGGACUGCAGGACACACGGCACAGCAGGACACACGGCACAGCCGGCUCUGCCCACGUGGGAGUGGCAGCGCUGCUGGCAGAGCUGCAGAGCAGCACAGCAGGGUGGCUCUGCAGGGCAGCUCGGUGUCACGCGUGCCGGGAGCUGUGCUGGGUCUUCACGGCUGCUCUGUCACUCCUCUUUGUGUCGUGGCCGUUCUAAAUGUGCUGGGAUGUCUGUGGGGUGACUGGUUUGUGGCACAGCCCCGGCAGAGCAGGAGGAGGAGAGGACUGCUGUGCUGAUCCGUGAGGUGUCUGACCUACGGCCAGGGACGCUGCAGGUGUCAGGCUGUGUCCUCUGCUGAUGUUCCCUGCCCCAGACCUUAACAUUUAGGUUCUCUAAAAUCUUGCCCUACUUGACAACUGUAACCUGUAAGAAUAUGUGGUACCUAAAGUGUGUGUAAGGGUGUUUUAACUGGUGUGGUUUUAUUAACUGAGUACUUGGAAAUAAAACGAGAUGCAGAUACUGGGCAGCACAGGCUGAUGGAGUGGCAAAUAAAGAAAAUACGCAGGAUGGCAAUGCGUUCAGGAAGGAGGAAUGCAGAGAUUCCAUCCUGAAAAGGACUUGGAUCAGCAGAGUGUGAUGAUUCAGUGUCUCACAGCUGAAGAAUGUCAGAAGAGCUGCGCGCACAUUAAAUGGGAGGUAAGUUCCCUUCUGCUGGCAGGAGCAGUGCUGGGAUGCUGCCUCCAGCAGUGGCCUCUCUUCAGAGAUGGUUACAAAUCUGGCUGCGUGUUGCAGGAGCCCGCAGCAGCGCUGGUUCUCACAGCGUUUUAUCUUUUGGUGGUUGCAGCCCAGUCUGUGUUCUGGUUUGCAAACCCUUGUGUGAAUAACGCAGCAGCUUUACAGGUAGCUGUGGGUCACGCCUGCAGAGGACGUGCCUGUCUGCAGUACGUGUGCAGCAUGCUGUGCUGUUAAACACUUUUGGUACCGAUUCAGCUGAGGUGCAACUGGCAAUGAUGAAUUUGUGUGUUCACAGCCACAGUCUGCUGGGGGCAGAGACCAAUGGUGUCACUCCUGAGGGCUGUGGGACAGACUUUCCCUCGCUUCUCUUUUAAACCAUCUGCUGGCCUGAGGCAGGCACAGCCUCAGGGAGGUUAUCCAGAAAUGACAACCUGUUCUGGUUUGAUGACAGCGGAGGAGGGAGAAAUGAGUCCUUUCUUUCCCAGUGCUUGAGCACCUGCACUGUUAGUAUCAGAAAAGUGCCAUCAUAGAAAAGUAAAGCAGCCAAUAUGUUGGUUAUUCUGCCACAGACCUCUGCUGUGGGCAGUCCAGGUUUAGUAAUGGGAGGAAGGGGUGGGUGGAGGGCGCACCUUUGGCAUCUGUGCAAUACUUUCAUCUUUGCAACAUCUUGUGGAUAUCAGCUUUGCUAAAUGACACCUCCCACAGAGUUGUGCACGUGGUGUCCUGAUGCUGGGAGCUGCUGCAGGUGGUGGCAGCUUUAUUGGUAACCUGGAAAGAAGCCUGCUGCCAUCACAUGUCAAUACAAGGGGCUCAGCAGGGCUCAGAGAGGGGCGGUGGAUGGAUGCAAACAGGGCAGUUCUGCCCUGGUAGCAGAAUACCAGUAGCACUGGUAUUCUCUCUCCUGCCUAAGUUGCAUUGCUUAUUUUCGCAGAGCAGCAGAGCUCUGUAAUCGGGUACUGCUGCUUCCACGUGGGCAGCUUUUAUGAGGUGUGAGUGUUUGGGAUAUCUGAAAUGUAUUAUGAAGAUUGUGAGUGUUAUUUUACGUGCCUAACAUUACGUUCCUUGGCAGGAACAAGCAAAGUAGGAGGGAAGGAAAUAAUAGGAAAUAGCUUCAGGGUCCUUAAACAAAUAGUGCAGGGAAAUGCUUCCCUGCCUCCUGCAAAGCCAGGUUACAACAAAGCCUGGAAUCAAAGGAGCACAAAACCACCAAGUAUUUUGCCUAAAACCACCGAGUGUUUUGCAGCUGCUGGGGAACAUGGAAAGAAACCACAGCAGAUGAGCAGAGUUUGCCAUAAAAGUGCAGAGGGAAGAUUUUGAUAAAAGCCAGCUUUACGCUCCUUUUAACCAACUCCUCUUCUGCAUCUCAGUGUAAAUACUUCUUCCAUGCUGUGCUGCUCGCCAGCCCCACUCUGAAAGCGCAGCUUUCUCACAGAUGUGCUGGGAACUGCUGGUGCUGGUGAGGCAGGGAAGUGGGGGGAAAAAGGUUCUGGGUCACCAGGGCUGAGUUUCCUUCUGAAGAGGAAACCAGGAAUCCCUUCAGGGAAUUUGGUUCUUGCAUCAUUCUCCUAAUAUUUCAUUUGGAAUGGCGCAGCUCAACCUGCAGAGUGCUGGCAGCACGGCUUUCAGUCCUGCAUACCUGGGUGUCAGUGUGCUGUGCGAAUGGCAGUGGCUCCUGGCAGGGGUGUCCCGUGGUCAAACACCUCAUGGUUGCUUUCUGGGGGCUUUGAUUUUGCCUUUGGUUAAAGUGUGAACUCUUCAGAUACAGCCUCUGCCCGGAGAAAUGCUCUGCUCUCCUUGGCACAGCUGUGAGCAGCUCAGGGCUGACACCAAUCCCAUGAAUGCACCUGGGCCAAAAAGCAGCUCAUGUUCUGCCAAAGCAGCUGGAGCUCAGCUGCCAGAGGAGGACAAAGCGAUGAGAGGCAGAGUGGAGGUUUUCCAGCAGCCUGCCCUCCUGGGUGAGUGCUGUCUAGCAGGACAGGUCAGAACUGCAGGCAGCCUGUCCUUGAAAUGCCUUUCGGAGCCAUUUGUGGUGUCAAUAGGAGCUGGCGUUCCUGGGGCAAGAAACCAUGCUAUAAGAAUCGCAGGUGCAUUUAUCCAUGAUUUAUCCAGGAUUCUCGCUGGGGAAGCAGCAGGCAGCGCUGAAUCUCAGCUGCGUUUGUUCCGUUUCACGUUCCUCAUCUUCCAGCAGUCUCCACAUUCUCUGGAGGAAGGCAGGCAGCCACUGUGCUGCUGUCGGAGCGCUGCUAGAGGGAACCUGCUGCAAUCGUUCAGCAGCAGCUGGAGGAGCCCUGAGAGCCGGGGCUGCUGAAGGCAUCCAUCCGUCUGCCCUGGAGCUGCUGGCUCUGCUGGGCCGUUCUUAGCAGCGUCUUUCUCGGCACAUCCAGCUCACGGCUGGCCGCAGCUCCACUCGCUCUGGAAUCUGGCACAUGAGGGCUGCUUUGGAAAUGUGCACGGAUGCCUUCUGCUCGGGAAGAGGAAAACAGCGUCCCGUUCGUCAUUGUUUAAAGCUCGCGUCCUGCCCUGGAAAGCGCAGCUCGGCUGAGGGAGGAGCGGCUGCCCACAUUUCGCUGCAGCGCUGCUCACAAAGCAACUCUUUGCUGAUUUAUAAAUGUUAAGAAACGCGGCAGGGAUUUUGAAUCGUUUUUACACUUCUCCUGUUAACACCCAGCCUGAGUUGGGGCAUUUUGACUCCAGGUGCACAGAUUUCAGUGGUCUCUACGCGCCCGUUUGCGUUUAAGUCCUCUCAGCUCGCCUGGAGAGCAGCGCGCCCAGCGCCAGAGGUGAGAAAAUGGGCGCUGGCCUCUGUUGGCGG